GGAAAAAAAGGAAAAAGAAAUAAAGAGAGAGAGCUUCUCUCAUUCGAUCAAACCAAUAAUCCAAGUGGGGUUCUGUUCAGUCUUUCAUUCAAUCAUUCCAAGGAGCCAUCGCCUCUCUCUCUCUCUCUUCCUCCUCCAUCACUCCACUCUGUUUUCCGUUGGACAUUGCCAGUUUCGCCUGGUCAUUGCGUUGGUUGCUUGAUCAUUUCUUUUCUGGUUGCAAGGUGUUGGAUUGAAAUUGUUCUCCAGAAGUUCUUGCAAAUAAUUGACUAUGGCGACAAAUGAAAAUCUUCCACCCAAUGUGAUAAAGCAACUUGCCAAGGAAUUGAAGAGUCUCCAUGAAUCUCCACCAGAGGGCAUCAAAGUAGGAGUUAAUGAUGAUGAUUUUUCCAUCAUACAUGCUGACAUUGAAGGACCAGAUGGGACUCCAUAUGAAAAUGGCAUUUUCCGAAUGAAGUUGUUAUUGCCACAUGACUUCCCGCAGCUACCUCCACAAGGUUUCUUCCUGACUAAGAUAUUCCACCCAAAUAUUUCAUCUGAUGGAAAAAUUUGUGUCAAUACACUGAAAAGGGACUGGAACCCGAGUCUUGGUCUACGACAUGUUCUUGUUGUCGUGAGGUGCUUAUUGAUUGAACCAUUUCCUGAAUCUGCCCUCAAUGAGCAGGCUGCCAAGAUGCUGCUUGAAAAUUACGAGGAUUAUUCCAAACAUGCCAGACUGAUCACGGGGAUUUACGCGAAGCCAAAACCCAAGCAGAAGUCUGGGCCCAUCUCGGAGUCAACGACAGCACUGAAUAUCGACCAGAGUAGUAACACCUCAGUUGCCACCAGUGGCGCUGUCGAUCUCAAGAACACGACAGUCCCUUCUGCCGUUCCAGUGCCACCUUGUUCGACCACUUCCUCGAAGGGUGGGCCAAACAGCACCGAUCUGGCAACAGCCGAGACAGGUGGCAGUCUACCCGUUACGUGCUCCACGAAGCAGCAAGCAAUGGUUGGAGGCGUGAACCGAAAGGAAGGAGUUGCAGCCCACCCCUCGAAGCCUCUGGCAGAGAAGAAGAAGAUGGAUGCGAGGAAGAAGAGCUUGAAGAGACUAUAAUAACAAUGCAGUUCAUUGUGCUGCGGGGUUUUUUCAUUUUCUGAACUAAUCUGCAGAAGAUGUUUGUUGUGCAUUAGUUGGAUAAGUCGAGUCUCCCGUCAGGCCGGGUCGAAGUGGAAGGAAGAAAUGGUGGAAGGGGUAAGACUAUGAUGUAAGAAAAACAAAACCUUACCCUUUUAAUCAAAAACUAAAUGUUUCACCUGCUUGCUGCUGCAAUCUGAAUGUGAAAGAUAAAUGUACCGAAUUCAUGAUGCCAUUGUCUGAGUUCUCUGCUUUUCAAAGUACUGAAAGUGGUACUCCUAAUACAGAAAGGUUUCUUAGUACAACUAAUACAGAAAGGAAAGGAAAACCAUCCAACGCAGGAUUGCGUCGGUAUAUACUGUAUAUGUAUAA